AAUCAAAGUCGUGUUUGGAUCAUGAUGUGCUCGCGUGGCCGCGGACCACUGGCACUGGCAUUGGCAGGAUUUUCACGAUUUUCAAGGGUGCGCUACAAGUUACAACUUACUAAAACAAGGCAGGGUGCACUGAUUUAGAAAAUGGCGGGCGCUCAGCCGCAGCGUCUCCGCGUUCUCUCAUUGCUCCCAGCAGCAACCGACAUAGUGCAAUGUCUGGGCCUCUCUCAUUUGUUGGUUGGCCGGUCGCACGAGUGCGAUGCUGAGGGCUGCCUUUCUGUGCCGUCCUGCACCGAGUCCCGCUUCGGCGAACCUGAUCAGCUGUCCAGUCGGGAGAUCCAUGAUGCAAACAGCACCUCUGGCGCAGGCCUUUGGGAAGCCGCCUUUGGGAUGGGCCCCCAGGCGGCUGCCGCGGUGGAGUGGGGCCUGUCGCCGUACCGAACCGACCCGCGUUUAAUUCGAGAGCUCCAGCCGGAUGUCGUUCUAACGCAGGUACAAACCGGCCACGGCGCGCUUGACCAAUCGGAAGUCGGCGACCGGUUGUCCGAAUGCGUCGGCAAGCCGGUCCGGAUCGUCCACAUGGACCCCCAAAACUUAGAGGACGUCUGGGGGGACUUUCUACAAGUGGCGAACGCUCUACACGAACCAGAGAAAGGGAGAGUCGCAGUGGAGCAGAUGAAGGACAGAAUCCGGUUAGUGCAGGGGUUAGCGAAAGGCCGGCAAAAGCGGCGGGUGCUGUGCUUGCAGUGGAUGGACCCGUUGUUUGCGGCCGGCGCGUGGGUGCCGGAAUUGUUGAGCCUGGCCGGGGGCGAGUCGGUUGCGGCUGAGGCAGGGGGCCCGUCAGUUGCCUUAACCGAGGAGUCGCUAACCGAAGUACGGCCAGAGGUAGUUAUCUUUGCGAUCUGCGGGUGCGAUUUGAAACAGUCUGUGAAGGAGGUCACGAGCGCCGCGAAACGAGGGAUCUUGGAGCACGUGGAAAGAGUCAAGGUCGGAAAGUUGGCGAUGGCAGUAGUGAACGCAGCGAAAUUGUUCUCGAGGCCGGGCCCGACGCUCGUCGAGUCGCUAGAGGUGAUUGCAGAGGUGUUGUAUCCGGAGAGCCAGCCUUUUGGUCACCGAGGAAAAUUGUGGACGUCCUUGGAGCUUCUUCAGAGUACGUAGGUCUUGCCUUCAUGAGCAAUCGAUUGGAAGCAGCUGCAGCGCGCGGUGCAACUAAGUGGCACGCAUUCACAUACAAGACGUCGGGAGUUACUCUCGAAAGUCCAUUGUCGUGGCCUAUUUUGCCAGGUAGAGGCAGCCUCGAUUCCUGCACAUACAAGCUUCCAUAAAGACUCAACAUAGACUUACAAGGAAAUGCAACGCUAGAUAGAUCAACCACACAGAUGCCGCCGCUUGGCACCAUGAGUUAACUUCUGAUCGCCAUGGUAAUCAUUGAAUUUUUUGAAAUGCGGAUUCCGAUCGUUUGAUGGCG